AUGAAACUGAAACAUGAAGAAUCAUCGUCAUUCAUCAAAUUCCAUAUGUCAAGGCAUCAAUGCAAUACCAGCAUUUUUGGCCUCUCUUUCUCUUUCAUUUUCUCCUUAUGGUGCCUCCUCUUCUUCUACAUCAAGCUUCGUCUCGUUCAUGGCACUGGAGCUAUGUUAGAGUUCAAUGAACCAGGUAGCUCCAACGCCAUUCAGAAACUUGCAAAACCCUUGUACUCUCUUCCUGAAACGACUAGUAUAGAACAAGUGUUUUGGCACGUUUUAGGAAAUGGUAGUAAUUUGGUGUGCAAACUACAUCCUCCACAAGACGAAAAUAAACUGCAACAAAUUCCUGAUGGGAAACUUCACGCCAAUUAUGAUGAAUUUCAAAAUAUGGGAGAAGCACAAGAAAAAACAAAGGGCAUGGACUCUGCGCUUGUUAACAUAACUCACAGGCUAGAAUCUGAUGGCUCUGUGUACAACUAUGCCUCUGAGUCCAAAGGUGCAAAGGUGGUGGCCCAUAAUAAGGAGGCCAAAGGUGCAACAAAUAUACUCGGGAAGGAUCAUGACAAGUACCUGAGAAACCCUUGUUCUGUUGAAGGAAAGUUUGUUGUUAUUGAGCUUUCAGAAGAGACCCUGGUUGAUUCUGUGAAGAUUGCAAACUUUGAGCAUUAUUCUUCUAACUUCAAGGAGUUUGAUUUGGCGGGAAGUUUGAGCUAUCCAACUGAAGAAUGGAGCAUGCUGGGACACUUUAUUGCUGCCAAUGUCAAGCAUGCACAGCUAUUUAAGCUGCCAGAGCCCAAUUGGGUAAGGUAUUUAAAGUUGACCUUGCUUAGUCAUUAUGGAUCUGAGUUUUACUGCACACUUAGUGUUGUAGAAGUUUACGGGAUCAAUGCAAUAGAGCGGAUGCUUAAGGAUCUAAUUGUGGCUUCUGUGGGAUCCAUUCCUGAUAAGCCACCCGUGGAUAAUAUCAGUGACAUCCCGUCUUUGAAAUCAGAAGACGGUCACAUUCAUAAAAAUGGAAAAAAAGUUGAUAAUAAGAAUGAUACUGUGGCUGCUCAGAUAUCAAGCAAUGAUACCAGUCGAGAGAAUGAUGCAGAAGCGGUCAAAACAACAAUGACCGCGAACUUGAUUCCAGAUCCUGUGUUAGAACUUAGACAACAGCUAAAUGGUAGGGUAGCUGGUGACACUGUACUGAAGAUUUUGAUGAAGAAAGUGAGGUCAGUGGAGGUAAACUUAUCAGCCCUUGAGGAUUACCUCAAAGAAUUGAACAGGAGACAAGGAUCUAAAAUACCGGAUCUUGAGAAAGAGUUGUCCAAACUAUCAGAAAGUCUUGAACAAAGCAAGUCAGAGAUUAAAGAUCUCUGGCAGUGGAACACAAAUAUGGAAAAAGGAAUAUCUGAGAUUGAGUCUUGGAAAGAUGCUGUCUCAUCUCAGCUUAAUGAAUUAGCCAGAGAAAACAGCAUGCUAAGAUCAGAUGUUCGAAAGAUUGCAUGUAAUCAAGCAAAUAUGGAAGCCAAAGAACUUGCCGUGUUAGCAACGAGUCUUGUUUUUGUGUGCCUUGCAGUUCUCAAGAUAGUUUCGGUACACAUGUUGAGGUUUUCUGCAUCAUAUAAUGCAAAUAAAGUGCGCCAGACAAUUAGAGGAUGGGAGUAA